CGCUAGUGACGUUGGUCAGUCAGCUGAGACUCGAGUCCGGCUGCAGUCGGGGCUUGUUCUCUCCGAGGGGCCGCAAGAGUGAAGGAUUGGCCAUGUCGUCCUUGAUCAGAAGCGUGAUCAGCACCGCGAAAGUCGCGGGGCCCAUUGGCCCCUACAGUCAAGCUGUAUUGGUCGACAGGACCGUUUACAUUUCAGGACAGAUAGGCCUGGACCCAUCAAGUGGACAGCUUGUGCCAGGAGGAGUAGAAAAAGAAGCUAAACAAGCUCUUAAAAAUAUAGGUGAAAUUCUGAAAGCUGCAGGCUGUGACUUCACUAAUGUGGUAAAAACAACUGUUUUGCUGGCUGACAUAAAUGACUUCGAUACUGUCAAUGACGUCUACAAACAGUAUUUCAAGAGUAAUUUUCCUGCAAGAGCUGCUUACCAGGUUACUGCUUUGCCCAAAGGAGGCAGAAUUGAAAUUGAAGCAAUAGCUGUCCGGGGACCUUUUACAGGACCAUUACUAUAAGUGGGCCUAGUGUUUAGUCUGGAAUUUUUAACAUCUUAAUUUUUAUAGUUGAUAUAAUAUCUUAAUUAACCUCUUAAUUUUUAUAAUUGAUGAAAGCAUAAGCUUGACUAAAAUCUGAUGUUAUCAUGGAAAUAUCAUAUAAUAGGGGUAGUUGAACAUGAAGAUUAGAUAAUGUAUCCACUUGCUGGUGUGUAAAUUACACUUAUAUAUACCCAUAUGACUGAAUGUAGGAAAGAGAUACUCAUUACAUAGUUACUUAAAUAAAUAAAAGUAAAGGGAAAUAACAGGUAGGAAAGAUGAGUUAUUAUUUCUGAGAAAUAAUCAAAAGCACACUAAUCAAACUAAUGAUGUGAAAUAUUCUCAUGUCAGAUCUGUGAUUCUUUUAGUUGAGUAAAAUUAAAGUAUUUAAAUAUGAAUGAUAGAGGUCUAGGAGAAGGAAGUGGACCAAAAUUUUAUAUAGAUUAAUGUUUUUGUAAUGGAAAUAAACAUGCAUAUUUUCCUUGGCGUGAUUUUGUUAU